AUGGCUACAACACAAACAGCAGAUGCACUGGAAGGGAGCAUCCAGGCGUUGAUACAAUCCUUCGCUAUGAUUAUCUUCUCAGAAAUUGGAGACAAGACAUUUCUAAUCGCCGCUAUCCUUGCUAUGCGCCACCCCCGAAUGACCGUCUUCCUAGGCGCCUUCGGGUCCCUCGUCGUCAUGUCUAUCCUAUCCGCAGCAAUGGGACACCUGCUACCCACCCUCAUUCCUCGGAGUUGGACGCAAUUCGCCGCGUCGGUCCUCUUUCUCGUAUUUGGAAUGAAGAUGUUCGUGGAGGCUCGAGAGAUGAAGGCUGGGAGUGACAAGAUCCAGGAGGAGAUGCGCGAGGCGGAGGAGGAGAUUGAAGACGAUGAUGCUGUUCACGACGGAACGGGCCUGACUAGUGCAACGCCAUACGGCCACGUAAUUCCGCUGGAGGAGAUGGAGGAGGGCGGCCGUGUUCGAAGCUCGAGUCCCAAGCCAUCCCAACCCAAGACAUCGUGGCGCGAAGGCGCAAGGAACUUCUGCAGUCUUUUCUUAGGCCCGGUGUUCGUGCAGGCGUUCGUCCUUACGUUCCUAGGCGAAUGGGGUGACCGCAGUCAGAUUGCUACUAUCGCGCUGGGCGCGGCACAUAACGUGUACCUUGUGACCCUCGGCACAGUCGUCGGACACUCAUGUUGUACCGCACUCGCGGUCAUUGGCGGCCGCUAUGUAUCUACCAAAAUAUCCGUCAAGCAUGUCACCUUUGGCGGGUCUUUCCUCUUCCUCCUGUUCGGCGUCAUCUACCUCUACGAGGCCUUCGCGAUGUCCGCCGACGUGGGCAUGUCGAUACCAAUCAGUCCGGAAACGGAUAACAUUGCGUAG